AUGAGCAGCAUUCAUGGUGAUAAUGUGACAUCCGAGCAGUAUGAGAAGAUGCUCCGUUCUCUACAGCGCAAAUCACACAUUGCCGAGAAUGAUGUCAAGGCGCACCAAGAGGUUAUUUCUAAACUAGAGGCCCAGCUGACCCGUUCAGAGAGUUCUAUGCGAGAUGCCAAGAAGCAGCUUGAUGUAUUGAACCGUGAGCGCCAGACAUACGCUUUAGAAAUCCAGAACCUGCGAACUCAGGUGACUCAGAUCCAGACUCACCAACUGUCGAGUGCAAACCACAUUGCAGAAGAAAGAAAGGCGUUGGAGAGUGAACUUGAAGCCGAAAAGCGAUUGAAAGAAAAGGCAGAAAAGGCUCGACAUAUUCUGGAGAACAGAAUGGAAGAGCUAAUGAACAAGAAGAACAAGUUCAUGUGCUUCUAAAUCCUCUGUUUCCCCACCUUAUUGUAAAUUCUUUGUCUAUUAUUUGCCUCAUUCUAUUUAGUUAUUUAUUUAUUUAUUUAUUCAUUUUUUCUGUUUUAAUUUCUCUUUCUCUACUUCUUCUAAAUCUACUUCUUCUGAAAGACCUGUCAACUACUACACACCCAUAUGCUUCCUUCUAUCUCCGUCUCCCUCUCUCCCUUUAUUCUAGUCAUUCCUUUAAACAAUCAUAUAAUAUAUACUGCCCUCUCUCCUCUCUCACAUUCUCUCUCUUACUUAUAUAUCAUUUAUUUUCUUCAUUUUUGAUUUCACCUACUAUUUGGUGUACAUUUUUUUUUUAAAAAUAAUAAAUAUAAAUAUUUUAUUUUAU